AAGUAUGUUAUGUGCACAAAGAUCGUGAUGGUUCGAGAACCUGCGUUAGGCGCAAUGGAAUCACUGACUUCUUCCAGUCGCAGAUCCUCCUCAUCCUGUCGCUCAUCUGCUCGUUACAGUACCUCCAGUUGCUUCCGGUCAGAGAGCUCAUGCGACAACCGGGAUUCCCUUCUUCCGACUUUCCUCGACUCCCAAGAUUCUACCGGUCUGUUUCGGGAAGAGUGUUCCAACUGCCAGGACCCAUUCGGCAAGCACAGUCGAUGCUCCUUCGGACACAGCACUCCAGUGGGUGGCGCUGUACCGAGUGGUCCAAGCAGUGCUGCCUGUGGCAGUGUGCAAUGUGUGGGAGACAGCUACUACGUGUCAGCUGACGUCAGACAGUUUGAGCCACAUGACGUUGUUGUGAUGGCCUAUGAUCGCCAUGUUAUCAUUCAUGCUGAGAAGGUCAUGGAUGACGGCAGCAUCAGGGACACGUUUACCCAUAAGUCCUUGUUUCCAAGGGACAUGAACCCCCUUUCUGUGUGUGGGACCAUACACCAUGAUGGAAUCUUGGUUGUCAGCGUCCACCGCAGCAAAGGCGCAGAUGGCCAGGAGCCUGUGGAAGUCCCUCUCUAGGAAAAGAAAGUCCCCUUGUACUUACAGUACAGUACCACGUUCAAGUUCUGCUGAGCGCUCAGCUUGUUUUGGAGAAGAUAUUUUAGUCUUCUAUUGUUUACAGGACUUCCGGUCGAAAGUUUUCAGCUAAGAGAAAACUUUGGUCUUUGUUUGCGACCCAAUCUUACAGUUUGAAAGUAUGUCAGGUUUCACCACUACCUUUGCAAAUAAAUAUGACCUCAUAUCAAGAACUAUUUAACUAGGAACAAUAAAAUAAUAUAUGGAAAUUGAA